AAAGAAAAAAAAACACGCACAGCACACACCAACCUCGACCACCAUUUUUGUUCCUCCUUCUCCUUCACUCACUUCCCCCAAAUUCCCCCCACCUCAUUAAAACUCCCACCCUAAUUCCUCAAUUUAACCCUCCUCUCUUCCUCUACAUAUUUUCAAUCAGAUCCAUUCACUUUUCUACAUUCAAUUUCUUCCCUAUAUAAAUCUUUCCGCCGAAACUCCCUCCCAAUUACCUCUCGAUUCUCCCUUUUUCCUGGGAUAUCACCUGAAAACAUGGGAUCCAUUGGUGCAGAUCUGUGCCGCAAAAUCCACCCCCACCCCGUCGACCAGUUCGACCGCCUCCCUGACUCCCUCAUCCUCCUGAUUUUCAACCAAAUCGGCGACGUCAAGGCGCUCGGCCGCUGCUGCGUCGUCUCCAGACGCUUCCACUCGCUCGUCCCCCAAGUCGACAACGUCGUCGUCCGCGUCGACUGCGUCAUCUCCGACGAAGAUUCCUCCUCCAACUCUCCUUCCUCCGCCGCCGCCGACAAGUCGCGCCACCCGAUCUCCUCCAUCUUCCGCAUCUUCUUCUCCGGCCUCUUCAAGCCCCUGCAGUCGUUGUCUCAGCUCAUCAUCCCCUCGGCGCGUGGAUUCCCACUGCCGGAGGAUUUCGACUGCGAGGCGGAGGAGAACACUGUGACUCACCAUUCUCCCACGCAGGUGUUGAAGAAUUUCAACGAAAUCAAGCAGCUCAGGAUCGAGCUCCCCACGGGGGAAUUGGGGAUUGACGAGGGGGUUUUGCUCAAAUGGAAGGCGGAAUUCGGCUCCACUCUCGAAAGCUGCGUGAUUCUCGGCGCUGAGAGCGUUUCGCAGAGCGAAAACAGUGGUGUGAACGAUAAUGGAGCGGAGAGCGGCAAUGGCGGCACGCAGGAAUCGUUCUACACCAACGGGGGGCUGAGGCAGCGCGUUGUGUGGACCAUCAGCUCGCUGAUCGCGGCCUCCGCCAGGCAUUACCUUCUGCAGCCGAUAAUCGCGGAGCACAAAACGCUGGACAGUCUGGUUUUGACGGAUGCUGAUGAGCAGGGGGUAUUGUCGAUGAACAAGGAGCAGCUGGAGGAGCUGAGGGUGAGGCCUCUCUCUGCGUCUUCGGCGUCGAAGAGGACUCUUGUUCCGGCUCUGAACAUGCGGCUGUGGUACGCCCCUCAACUCGAGUUGCCUAACGGGGUGGUUUUGAAAGGGGCGACUCUCGUUGCGAUCAGGCCGAGCGAGCAGCCGAAGAAGGAGGCGGCUGCGGCUGUGGGAUCAGAGGCGAAUUGGGUCGCAUCGGCGUUUGAGGAGCCGUUUGGGACUGCUGCGAGGAUGUUGGUGAAGAGGAGGAUUUACUGCCUCGAAAUGAACUCUUUCUGAUCGAGGAACCUUGAUUUAGGAUCAAGAUUGAAGAAACAGAUGCAUCAGUUCUGAUUUCAUUAUCUGAUACCCAACGAUCUUUCAGGUAGAGGGCGGAAACAAAAGGUCUGAAAAACCUCGCAGAGCACAAAUUUUGUCCUGAGCAGAGCAAGCGGUAAGCCAACUAAUACAGCUUCCGGUGAUGACUUGCCUUGCGCCGUACAGGCGGAAGUCGGCCGCGGAAGAAGCUGCAAUUGAUGAUAGGCUGCAGCUUUCAUUUUGAAUACUUAAAAAGAGAGAGGGGGGUAGGUGCUAUGCUAUGCUAUGCAACUGGAUUAUGUUGUUGGCUUAGACAUUUUGAUCAUCUAUCUAUCUGUCUGUGUUAGUUUUUAUAUAUGUAUAUGUGAAUAUUGUAGGUAUGACCAAAUUUAUGCUCAUCUGCUUUCCAUUUCUGAAA